GAGGAAGGAGCUCGCUCCCGAAUCCUUACAAUGCUACUUUUAAUGAUUAUUUUAUUUGUACUUUUUCUCUUUUUUUCUCUUUUUUCACUGAUCAUGUCUGAUCAAACGCAGUCUUUAGGUUUUUCUUUUACAAAAUGUAUCCUGUUCGUGUUAUUGGGAUUUUCUGGAGGAUACUCAGGCCUGAGAUUUGCUUAUAUAGCUGUGGGAUUAGUGAUGUGGUACUGGUACAAGUACCGAAAGCCCAAAGCCCAGGCCCCAGCAAUAAAGACUGAGGAUAAAGCCAAGGAACUGGCAAAGGCCCCACACAAGGUCCAAGACGACCAAUUUGAAAGAGUGACGUGCCUGACAGUGUUUAUGGAGAAUAUGUGGCCUUACCUUCGCCAGUACUUGGUGAAAUUUCUGAAGCAGAAGAUUCAGCCCAAACUGCGUUCCCGCUCCAAAUAUUUGAGGCACUGUUCCUUUAUGGAUAUUGAUUUGGGCACAAAGCCCCCACAGGUGAAUCAUAUGAGAGUCCAAUCAGAUCUAGAGAAGAAGCAGAUUAUUGUGGAUCUCAAAAUCAGUUAUGAUGCCCCAGUGAAGGUGAAUAUUGGAUUCUUUGAAAGGCAUGUAGCCACAGUGAAUUCCAUAAAGCUUGAGGGAACAUUCCGGAUCAUUCUUGCCCCGCUGAUGGGAAACGCGCCCUUAGUUGGGGCAAUGACCUUCUAUUUCCCUCAACGACCGGAGUUGCAACUAGAAUGGACAGGAUUCACCCGCCUGCUCAGUAUUCCUGGUGUUCAGAGACUGACGCAGAAAAUGGUGGUGGAUAAAAUUGCAACAUUCUUGGUUUCCCCAAAACACAUAACGAAGCGCAUAACAUCGAAAUUUGAUGUGACUGAGCUGCACUUUAAAGAGCGCAAGAACGCACUUCGUAUCCACGUAUUAGGAGCUAAGAAUCUUGUCGCCAAGGACUUUAUCACGAAGAAAUCGGAUCCUUUUGUCGUUAUACGUGGAGGAGGCAAAACAUUCAAAACGAGUGUGAUCUCUAAGACCCUGAACCCGCGGUGGAACCAGAUAUUCGAGAUAUUAUUCUCGGAAUUACCAGGGCAGGAGAUAGUAUUCGAGGUUUUUGACAGAGAUGAGGCGAGAGAUGAGCCACUGGGCAGCUGUAAGAUUGCUGUUUCCCAGGUCCUAGAGAGGAAAUGCAUCAAUAAGUGGUUCCGGUUGGAGAAAGUGCAGUCUGGGGAGCUCCAUAUCAAGGUGGAAACUCUCAGACUCCUUUCAGACCCUGUCAAGCUGGAUAAGGUGUUACAACUGAACGAGCAAAUUCAGCCUCCCAAGAGUGAGGAGUUGUCAUCGGCCGUACUCUACACCAUUAUCCAAAAAGGCAGGGGUCUGCCGGUGAUACGGCCGAAGAAAAGCAAUUUGAACCCGUUGGCCAAACUGCAGGUCACUGUCGGAGAUACAGUAAAGAAGAAAGGGGGCAAAAAGAAUAACGGAGAGCCAGAAUUUAAGAAGAGGAUGCAGUUCUUAAUAAAGGACCCACUUGGUGAGAAAAUGAAGCUAAAGGUACUAAAUGAGAACAAUAAAAUUCUGGGAAGUCUCUCUGUGCCCCUGUCGAACAUCAUGGCUGCCAAGGACAUGACCAUUGAGGAAUGGUUCCCCCUGAAGUCCAAAGCAAAGAACAGUGAGGUUCUGCUGAAGCUGCAGCUGAGGAUUUUGGCCCCUCACACUUUUGGUGUGAAGCCAUAGAACCAGAAAGACCGAAAUCGUCAAGCCCUGAUUGUUCUGUGCCGGGCACUGCAGUGACCAGCAGGCAAGUCACGAUCAGCUUGGUUGCUAUGAGCUAGUAGACCUGGCACAAACACAGGGCACUGAGGAGGAUGAAGGAGGAGGAAGAGGAGGAUUUAAUACCAAUAUAAAGCUUUGAAGCCAAAUAUUCUGGUUCACAAGGUAUGAUGCUCAGCUGAAGACAAAUUGGGGAUAAAGGGACCCUCCGUAGCCUUUUAGCAAAGGAGGGUCUGAAGACCGUUGCCCCUGAUGUGCCAUUGGGGAUAAAGGGACCCUCCCUAGCCUUUUGGCAAAGGAGCGUCUGAAGACCGUUGCCGCUGAUGUGCCAUUGGGGAUAAAGGGACCCUCCCUAGCCUUUUGGCAAAGGAGCGUCUGAAGAACGUUGCCGCUGAUGUGCCAUUGGGGAUAAAGGGACCCUCCCUAGCCUUUUGGCAAAGGAGGGUCUGAAGACCGUUGCCGCUGAUGUGCCAUUGGGGAUAAAGGGACCCUCCCUAGCCUUUUGGCAAAGGAGCGUCUGAAGACCGUUGCCGCUGAUGUGCCAUUGGGGAUAAAGGGACCCUCCCUAGCCUUUUGGCAAAGGAGCGUCUGAAGACCGUUGCCGCUGAUGUGCCAUUGGGGAUAAAGGGACCCUCCCUAGCCUUUUGGCAAAAGAGCGUCUGAAGACCGUUGCCGCUGAUGUGCCAUUGGGGAUAAAGGGACCCUCCCUAGCCUUGCGGUGAAGGAGGGUCUGAAGACACUUUUUAAAAAUAUGUCAUUGCCAGAUAAAUAACCACAAUAAAAUCACUUCUUAAUUCAGA